UUCGCUGAGAUCAAAGUUUCACCAAGCUUUUGCCAAGAUCACUCUCUUGAAACCCCGUCUUUCUUCUCUUAGGAGCUAUUUUUUUCUCUUUACUCUUAACAUACCACACUCGAGGUCUUUUAAAAUUUUCAGUUGAUAUUUUGCCGCGUUGCGAGAGGUUGUUCGCGAGAACUCAUCAGCUCAAAGUGAAAUUCCAAUCCCAAUUCCGUGUGUGGCCAAGUUAAACUAAAGCCCCCGAGUCGCCAUGAGUCCCCGACCCCGCGAGAUCCUGGACGAAACAGAGCUGGAGGUCGAAACGUCCACCUGCUACCUCCGAAAAUCUAGGAAGGAUUCCGCAGGCAACUGUUGGAUCGAUGGUCAGCUGGUCACGGAUAAUACGGACGCAUCGCAUCAAUUUCCGUCCGACGAGGAGCCCAAUAUUCUGGGUCAUGGACCCAACUACGACGAGAAGUUGUCCAAAUUCAAAUGGCUCUGCAAUUUCGAUGAUGCCCCCAGUCACUUAAAGUUCAACCCUUACAUCCGACGCGGCUAUCGCACAUUCCUAUCCAACAAGUUGUGCCUGCAGAGUAUUUUCUGGUGGACCAAUGAGACGAUCAAUAUCUGGAGCCAUCUGGCCGGGUGCAUCCUAUUCAUCGGCCUGACGAUCUUCGACCUGCAAUUCCUGCGCCUGCACGCCUCUUUGACCGACCAAAUCCUGGUCGUCUGUCUGCUGGUCUGCUUCUGUCUUUGCAUGCUGAUGUCCGCCAUAUACCACAUAUUCUCCUGCAAAUCGGAGGAGCAUUACGAGCUCUUCUUAUCGGUCGACUUCCUGGGCAUCUCGCUGUCCCUGGUGGCCAUCUACAUCAGCGGAAUGUACUACGCCUUCUGGUGCCACACCUUCCUGCGCACCCUGUACUCCACGAUCGCCUUGGGGAUGUUCGCCCUGGCAAUCGCCGUGCAGAUUCCGCGGUUGAAUGUCUCCAUGAACGGCAAGGUGGCGGUGCUGCUGCUGUGGUCCGCCUACGGAAUCAUUCCGCUUGGUCACUGGGCGGUGGCGAUGGGCGGCCUGGAGAACGAGCUGGUCAGGCUGAUGGUGCCCCGCAUUGUUGUCAUGUACCUGCUCUGCCUCAUCGCGUUCGUUUUCUACGCGGCCAAGAUCCCGGAGCGCUGGUUCACCGGAAAGGUGGACUUCGUGGGCCACUCGCACAACUGGUGGCAUUUGAUCAUCGUGGCGGCCUUCUACCAUUGGCACAACACCGGACUGGUCUAUGCCGAAUAUCGCCUGAACAAUGGCUGCAGUGCCCCCGUUCUCGCCUGAGAUUUGGUAUUUGAGAUCGCUAAUCUAAGGUCCCAGAACCGGGGAGCGGAAAUGAAUGCGAAUACGGAAACGGAACCGGGACAUAGUGUACAUAGUUUAUGGGGCGCUCUUUAUCCGCUAUUAACUAAUAUUUAGUUGUAGUUGUUGACCGAUAUGAUUAAUUUAUGUGUAAUUUACCGAUUAGUUAGGUUUUCGUGUUAGUCUAUCCAAAGAGUUGACAUAACACGAGCGGAGGGAAGGUUUUUCUCUUUAUUUCCUAGUUCAUUUCGUUUUAAUAUACAAUGUUUAUGAAAUUGCAUGUGGCUUGAGCUGAAGCUGUGUUAGUCUUGUUGACUCGAUUUUUACAAAUACUUUAAAUGCAAAUACAAUAUCAAAAGUACAAAACAA